AUGAUCGAAUAUUUGGCGGGAGUCUUGUUGCUUUUAAUUGGAGUAAUUGGCUUGAAUGUGUUUAGAUAUUUAGAAUUUGAGAAGGAGAGAAAGAGAGUCAAUUCUGAAGAGUGCCUCUCCAAUAGACAUAUUAUCAUCACCGGAGCAAGCUCUGGCAUUGGAGAACAAUUAUUGCGACACUAUUGUACCAUCGGAAAGAGAAAUAAAAUUGUCAUAACUGCUAGAAAUGUUGAGAAAUUGCAAGAAUUGAAGGAAAUCAUGUUGAAGGAAUAUAGUGGAAAGGGUCACGAGAUUUUCUGUGUCAAGACAGAUGUUUCCGUUGAUGAGGAAUGUAAAAAUUUGAUCGAGUUGAGUGCUAAAUAUUUAAAUGAGAGAAUUGAUGUAAUUUAUUUGAAUGCUGGAAGAUCAGCAGUGCAAAUGUUUGCUCAAGCUACAAAUUUAGAUGGUCAUAGAAGCUUGAUGGAGACUAAUUUCUUUGGAUGUGUCACACCAACAUUCUACUUGAUGAAACAUUUGAGAGAAAAGCAAGAAUCUCAUUGCUCUAUUUGUGUUGUUUCAAGUCUUGCUGGAUUAUCAGGUGUUUGUUAUAGAACUGCCUAUUCUAGUAGCAAAUUUGCUCUUCAUGGAUUUUAUGAAGCUUUGAAAUUGGAAUUAUUGAAGGAGGGAAUUUAUGGAAAGAAGGUCACUAUUUCAAUUGUUUGUCCUGGCUUUGUUAAAACUCAAAUUCACUUCAAUGCUCUUGGAACUGAAAACAAGUCAGCCUCCAAUGUUAAAAGAGAUUUAUCACAAUUCAUGGAAGUUGACGAAUGUGUUUCCAGAAUGGUUACCAAUGUAGAAGGAAAGAAUGGAGACUUUUUAUUUAUUGUACCUUAUACUGAACGUUUCUUGAUUCAAUAUUUCAGACCUUGGAUGCCAGCUCCAAUUAUUGAGUACAUUCUCUUAAAGAAGGGUGAUUCAGUUCAAAUUGAAUAA